GGGGCCCUCGGGGCGUCUGUGGCGUGGUUCGAGGUGGGGGGCCGAGGUGCCCCAGGCGGAGUCCGCACGCGCGGCGGCUCUGAGCCUCGAUUCGCCUUCAUCUUCAUCAUCUCUCACCCGCAGAGAGAACAUGGCUCCUGAGCAAAGGGAAUCGAGGUCUCAGGUGUCGGUGACGUUUGAGGAUGUGGCUGUGCUCUUUACUCGGGAUGAGUGGAAGAAGCUGGAUCCCUCUCAGAGAAGCCUGUACCGUGAGGUGAUGCUGGAGAACUACAGCAACCUGGCCUCACUGGCAGGAUUCCCGUUUACCAAACCAAAGGUGAUCUCCCUGCUGCAGCAAGGAGAGGAUCCCUGGAAGGUGGAGAAAGGAGGUCCUGGAGGCUCCUCUCUGGGAUUGACGCACAGUCAUAGAACCACUAAGUCAACUCAAACACAAGACUCUUCAUUUCAGGAACUGAUGAUGAAAAAAUCUAAAAGAAAUGAACCUUUGAACUUGAAAUCAGAAAACCUUUUCAUAUAUGAAGGCAAAUUAGAGGAAAAGCGGGAUAAGAAUAUUUUGACUAUAGAAAGAAACCAUAAAAACAAUGAAUUUAGCUCAAAGUCACAUAGAGAAAAAAGAUCAUCAGAAUGUGAAAAACAAAACACUUUCAAGCAGAUAUCAUAUUUAUCUAAUCAACCAAAAAUCACACCAGAUAAACGCUAUAAAUGUAGUAUGUGUGAGAAAACUUUCAUCAACACCUCAUCUCUUCGUAAACAUGAGAAAAACCAUAGUGGAGAGAAAUUAUUUAAAUGUAAAGAAUGUUCAAAAGCCUUUAGCCAAAGUUCAGCCCUUAUUCAACAUCAAAUAACUCAUACUGGAGAGAAGCCUUAUGUAUGUAAAGAAUGUGGCAAAGCCUUUACUCUCAGUACAUCCCUUUAUAAACAUCUAAGAACCCACACUGUAGAAAAAUCCUACAGAUGUAAGGAAUGUGGUAAAUCCUUUGGCCGAAGGUCAGGUCUUUUUAUACAUCAGAAAGUCCAUGCUAGAGAAAACCCUUAUAAAUAUAACCCAGGUAGGAAGUCAUCUAGUUGCAGCACAUCCCUUCCUGGUCAACGAAUUCAUUCCAGAAAAAAGACCUACUUGUGUAAUGAAUGUGGCAACACCUUUAAGUCUAGCUCGUCCCUUCGUUAUCAUCAGAGAAUCCACACUGGAGAGAAACCUUUCAAAUGCAGUGAAUGUGGCAGAGCCUUCAGUCAGAGCGCAUCACUUAUUCAACAUGAAAGAAUUCACACUGGAGAAAGGCCCUACAGAUGUAAUGAAUGUGGAAAAGGCUUCACUUCUAUUUCAAGACUCAAUAGACACCGAAUAAUUCACACUGGGGAGAAGUUUUAUAAUUGUAAUGAAUGUGGCAAAGCCUUAAGUUCCCAUUCAACUCUUAUUAUUCACGAGAGAAUUCACACUGGAGAGAAACCAUGUAAAUGUAAAGUUUGUGGGAAAGCCUUCAGACAAAGUUCAGCUCUGAUCCAACAUCAGAGAAUGCAUACUGGAGAAAGACCUUAUAAGUGUAAUGAGUGUGGGAAAACAUUCAGGUGUAACUCAUCUCUCAGUAACCAUCAACGAAUUCAUACUGGAGAGAAACCAUAUCGAUGCCAGGAAUGUGGAAUGUCAUUUGGUCAAAGUUCAGCUCUUAUUCAGCACCGAAGGAUUCAUACUGGUGAGAAACCCUUUAAAUGUAACACAUGUGGGAAAACCUUUAGGCAAAGCUCUUCACGUAUUGCACAUCAGCGAAUUCAUACUGGAGAGAAACCCUAUGAAUGUAACACAUGUGGGAAACUUUUCAACCAUAGGUCAUCCCUUACCAAUCAUUACAAAAUUCAUGUGGAUGAGGACUCUUAAAAAUAAAAAAGUAAAUUUGCUUGUGUAAAAGCCUUAAACCAAAGCUCUUCAGAGAGUAUAUACUUGAGAGAUGUAAUAAACAUAAUGAGUAUGGGGGGGCCUACAAUCAACUAAAUCCCGUGGAUAAAUUUUGUGUAACAGGUAGAAGGAAAGUAUUCAAGCCUGUCUAACACUUUAAAAAAUUACUUGAGAGCCAGCCAUAGUGUUUUAUACACACAGUCAUAGCUACUGAGGACCCUGAAGCAGGAGGAUUGCCUGAGACUGAGUUUGAGGCAGCCUGAGGAACCUAGGGAGACCCCAUCCCCAAAACUGAAGACCAUGACUUAAGGCAUUUGUAAAAUGGUGCUUUUCUCCCAGAAGCAGUGUGUGCUGGAUGUAAUUGUAAUCAUAGGCAUCUGAGUGAACAGAGGGGUAUGCUGGACUAAACUCUACACUGCUGAUAUUUUUUAUAAAAUUUUAAUAACAUCCCAAAGGGAUCAAAGAUACAUUUUUAAGAAAAAGGGCCCAAAAUAAGAUUAAAAUGAACUGUAAUCUACCUCUUA